UAAUUUAAAAUUCAAAUUAUUUAUUGACAAAAAUUGUUAGUAAUAAUCAGAUUUGAGUUUUGAGUUCUAUUAAAACAGGGCGGCAAGCCGCUCGAUGGCUAUGGUGCACGAAUCCGAAGGUUAGGAGUUCAAAUCUUGUACGUAUGUUUGUAAAUUGGACUAUUUCUUGAACGUAAUCGAAUAGCUUAUUCUUCAUAAGGAACUUAGUGGUCGCCAACAUCAAUGUUUAUAUCUCUCCUUUAAUAUUUUUUGCUUGCCAUCAUCUUCUCCCAAUGCUUGGUUGGUCAAAGACCAACCCAUGUACUUGUUGAACUGUUUCAAAGCCAUCCGCAGGGCUAUUAAAAAGCCCUUUCGUGCAUGAAAUAUGUGUGAACUCAUCAUAAAAAAGCUACCUCGAAUGGCUGAUGAUUCCAACCACGUGUUCAGGUAUAGCUCAAAUAUCGAGAUCAUCUGACAUAUGUCGUUGCCCCGAUCUUCGAACCUAAGUUCGAGUUGUCUAACAUUUCAUUAGCUUAUAAAUUAAUAUUUCUUAGCAUCAAACAUUUAAACUGUAAUCAAUCUAUUUCACUCUUAUUAAUAAUUGUAAAUGAGAUAUUAACAUGACUCAUUAUUUGACAAUAUAUUAAUUAAAAAAAUUUACAACAUUGAUCUAUUUAUCAACCCUUAUGACAAAUUUGGGUUACAAAAAUCAGAUAGUAAGAGUAGAAUUUUUACUAAAUAUGUGCUCUCCUCCAUUUAAAUUUAACCAUCGGCUUUGUGGACCAAUGGCAUCGCUUGUGAAAAAUUUUGAUCAUGUCUCAAUUUGCUAACAAUUAUUAGAUUAUCACUUCCAUUUAUGAUAUUCUUCACUAUCUGCUUUGUGGUGUUGAACCUAAAUCUUUUUCUUAUUAUUUAUGUUUGUACUUGUUCUCUAGGAUAGUCUUUGCUUUAGGUUUUGAGUUUUUGAUUAAUGAAUUUCUAGUUGUUAGCUUAAGGAAGGUGCUAGUGAUACCCUAAUUGUUAUUAUUGGCAUUGGUCUCUGGUAGAUUUGAAGGACUAGAAAUUAUGCCUUAUACAAUGGAUUUUUUGUCUGUCUUUUUUUUAUCGAAUUUUUUCUUCAGUUUUAGAUUAUAAUAUUCCUCAUCCCUCUCAAUAUGUCAAAUGGUUAAAAUUCUCUUUUGACAAAUUAUAAAUUGAACUGUGAUAGUUUGAUUAAAAAUAGUAAAAUGGUGGUUUACAAUUUAUUCUCAAGAGAGAUGAUGAUAUCGGUAAGGUAUAUUUGAGAAAUUUCCUAGUUGUUGAUUGCUCCAUAAGAAUAUUAUCUUCUUCUUCUUUUUUUUAACUAUAACAAUCAAAGAUGAAUUAAUGACUGCUCUGCAAGUCGGAUUAAAACAUGUUACUGUUGAAUCCGACUUUUUUUUUAAUAUUAUAAACAUAUUUGUACUAUGUAUUUUAUUUUUUAUCCACGUUAUAUUUUUUAAUCCAGAUUUAGUAUGAAGCAAAGAUUAGAAGUUGAAUUCCCACGUUUUAUGGCCAAUCCAUCCGUGUUUUAUUUGAACUCUUCCGCCUCUUCUCUCUUACCGCGCAGACGAUUUGGCGUCUUCAUCCUGUCUUUCUAACCUACCUCGCGACUACUCUCCCUCAUCGACGUCACCAAUCAAACACCACGAAACGCCCUCUGAGCGAAACAAGGAGCUUGAACGCGUCCUCAUGGCACGCGUUUCGAUUCCUUCUUCCGCCCGCAACACGCAGCGCGGCAGCCCCCGCGAGCCUUCUCCUUCCCUUUCGCCUCGCACUCCUACCUCUAUAAAGCCCCUUACCUUUCCAACCCCUCAUGCACCGUAUCAUUCAAUCUCUCUUCCCUUCUUCGUCUUCUUCUUCUUCUUUUGCUCGAUCCCAUGGAUCGAGCAAAAGAAGAAGUCCUACCUGAACGGGGCCUACUACGGCCCCCCGGUCCCGCCGCGAGACACCUACCGCAGCGUCGGCCGUAGCUCCAGCUUCUGCUGCUGCGGCCCCUGCUGCCUCCUCUGCAACCUCGUCAAGUUCAUCGUCUCCAUCGUCAUCACCCUCGGCAUCGUCGUCCUCGUCCUCUGGCUCAUCUUCCGCCCCAACGACAUCAAGGCUCACGUCGACGACGCCUCCCUCACCCAAUUCAACUACACCACCGGCACCGGCAGCCUGAGCUACAACCUCAGCCUCGCCAUGAGCAUCCGCAACCCCAACAAGCGGAUCAGCAUCUACUACGACUACCUGGAGGCGCGGGCGAGCUACGACGGCUUCCGCUUCGGCUACGCCCCGCUGCCCGUCUUCUACCAGAGGCGGAAGAGCACGGCGGCGCUCGCCCCGGCGUUCCAGGGCGCGCAGGUCGUGACGGAGGACGGCGUCGCGGAGACGUACGUGAGGGAGACGGGCGAGGGCUUCUACUACGUGGACGUCAGGGUGUACGCCAAGCUGCGGCUCAAGGUGUGGGUCUUUAAGAUUCGGUACAACCGGCCGCGGAUCGACUGCAGCUUGAAGCUUCCCGUGCCGGGGACCGCCGGCUCCUUCGAGAAGACCAAGUGCCACGUGCACCACUUUUAGCUUCGUGCACCACACUACAUUGUUUCAUUGGUAUACGUAUACGUAGUAUGGGUAUCGAGAGGUGUACACUACACAGUUCGUGGAUUUAUAGUUUCGAGUAUUGCUUAUAUACAUAUA